AUGUCUUCUCUCCCUCAAAUACCAAAGGUGGAAGAGAGCGACAAGGCCUCAACUAUCGUUCCACCAGUUUCUGACGAGAAUGGCAAUACCCGGUCCUCUGAGAAGGGCUCGAUUCCCAGUUCAUCAUCAGAGAACAUCCAGUCUGGCGAGACUGUAGACAACGAUCUCAAUGUAUCCACGGUCUUACCGUCGAGUGGCAAUGCAGAUAUCGAAAAGGCAAUCCCAGAAACUCCAGUGGUAACAAAACGGGUUCCAGAAGGGUAUAGGGAAUAUGAUGACCCAAAUAUCGUCUACUGGGAUGGCCCGGAUGACCCUGCACAUCCAGAGAAUUGGUCGUCGACCAAAAAGGUCGUCAUCGUCAGCAGUGUUGGCCUUAUUACACUACUAACUCCUCUUGGUUCCUCCAUGUUUGCACCUGGAGUCGGAGAGGUGAUGAAGGAAUUUAACAGUACAAACCCCGAGCUUGCAUCUUUCGUCGUAUCGGUUUAUCUGCUAGGAUUCUCCUUCGGACCUUUGAUCAUUGCACCGCUUUCGGAAAUGUACGGUCGUGUUCCGUUAUACACCGUCUGCAACGUUCUCUUCGUCGUGUUCAACAUUGCUUGCGCCGUCGCGAACUCUCUGGAGUCACUAAUUAUCUUCCGUCUCCUUGCUGGCACUGCAGGCAGUGCGCCCUUGACUAUCGGUGCUGGAACCAUCGCCGAUAUGAUCCGGCAAGAGAAACGAGGUGGUGCUAUUGCUGCAUGGGCUCUUGGUCCUUUGCUUGGCCCGGUUAUUGGACCCGUUGCUGGUGGUUUCUUAACUCAAGCGUUAGGUUGGAGAUGGACCUUCUGGGUUCUAUCUAUGGCGGCCGGUGCCGUUGCUCUUAACACAUUCAUCUGGCUCAAUGAAUCCUAUCAUCCAACCAUCCUCGCGCGCAAGACGAAACGACUUAUCAAGGAAACCGGAAACACCAACCUAAGAUCUGCUCUAGAUUCCGGAAAGCAACCAAAGGAGCUCUUCCUUCAAUCUAUCGUCCGCCCAACGAAGAUGCUUUUUCUUUCUCCCAUUGUUUUCCUCUUGUCUCUCUAUGCUGCCGUCGUGUAUGGCUAUCUCUAUCUCCUGUUCACAACCAUCUCCUCGGUCUUUAUUGGAAAAUACCAUUUUUCCCAGGGUACCGUUGGCCUUUCAUUUCUAGGCGUAGGAAUUGGUUGCCUCAUCGGCCUGGGUGUCCUGGGCGCGACAUCUGAUCGUCUGCUUAAAUCCCUAGCUGCUCGGAAUGGCGGUGUCAUGAAACCAGAAUACCGUCUUCCACCGCUUAUCCCAGGCAGUCUUUUCGUACCAAUCGGCCUCUUCUGGUACGGAUGGUCUUCGGAUAAAGGAGCUCAUUACAUCGUUCCUAUCAUCGGGACGUCAUUCGUUGGCAUUGGCAUGAUAUUCACUUUUAUGACCAUUUCCACCUACCUUGUUGACGCAUAUACCCGCCAUUCCGCAAGUGCACUGGCUGCAAAUGCUGUGUUACGCUCUGUCUUCGGUGCUGUGCUACCCCUAUGUGGCCAGAGAAUGUACGAAGCCCUCGGCCUAGGAUGGGGUAACUCUCUUCUUGCAUUUAUUGCCCUGGCCCUGGCACCUCUUCCGGUUGUCUUCUUUGUGUAUGGAGAACGUAUACGCACUAGCAAGCGCUUUGCUGUUAUUGCCUAG